AUGGAAGACGCUGACUGGACCACCGUUUCCUCCUCCUCUACCCCUCCUUCCUACCCCACCUCAUCCGCCUCCCCCGCUUUUCCUGCCUUCCACACCUCCCACACCUCCCCCGCGCCCCUGCCGCCAGUGGAGCAUCUGAUUCCACUGGAGGCGGCCAUUCUAGUGGGUGUGCACCCCCACCGCGCAGCCCUCACCAUCGCGCCCCCGCCAGGCCUGCUGGACCUGGGCUGGCAGGCCGUGCGCCUGCACGCCCUCCGCCCCAAGCUGCUCGCAUUCUGUGCUCAGCUGGCGGCGCAGCAGCAGCAGCAGCAGCAGCAGCAGCGGCAUUCUACCUCUCUCCCCACAGCCCCCAACACACCCCCUACUCCCAUCACAUCCCCCCGCUUCAACACCCCCUCCACCUCCAGCAUCCCCCCUGCCCCCGCCCCGGUCAUGCCCACUAUCCGCCAGCUCAGGGCAGCCGGCCGGCAUGAUCUCAUCGCUGACAUCAGCGCGGCCGGCGGCCAGCUGGCAGUGGCGCAGGCGCUGGGGUUUGCUGCGCGGCGCCGCCCAACGGGGUUCUGGGAGGACUUGGGGCACGUGGACGAGGAGAUCGAGGCGUUUGUGGCGCGGUGCUGGGUGGUGGAGUGCGGUGACAUGGAGAAUGGAGAGGGGGGAGCAGAGGGAGGAGCACGGGGAGGGUCCAAGGGAGGGUUGUGUCUGGGACGGGUGCGGCUGCGCAAUUUCCUGUCAGGGGAGGCGUUGAGUGCGGUGCUGAGGGAUGAGGAGGCGGUGCGUGAAGCCAUGGCCGCCGCCGCUGCUGCUGCCCGAGCUGCUGCUCUCGCUGCAUCUCGCGCGCGUCGCAGUGCUGCUGCUGAUGGUGGUGAUAUUGGGGGUGGUUUGGAUGCUGCUCAUGAACAUAGCAGUGGUGGCGAUGGUAGUGCUGCUACUGGUGGUACUGCUGCUGGUGAAACAGCUGAGCCUUCCUUUUCCGAGCUGCUGCAACGAGCCACUCGUUGGCCCUCAGAUACCGCUGCCACCGCAUUCACCAGCAGCAGCAGCAGCAUCAGUGAAACCACCGGGAGCGUUGGGUGGGAAGCUGGGGGCAGUGGCAGCAGGAGUGUGUUUGAUGACGGGCAUGGGCUGGUGGUGGCGAGUGCGGCAGGCAGUGCGGUGAUGCCGCGUGUGAGGGAUGUGGUGGGUGCGCGGCGGUACCAUCUGCACCAUGCCAUUGUGCUGCAUGGUGGUUACCGCCUCGUGGCCAGGGAGCUGGGUCAGGGGAGUGGUAGGGAUGAAAGCAGCAGCAGUGUGAGCAGCAACAGUGGGAGCAGCUCUGGCGGUAACGGCAGGCAGAGGAGGCGGGUGGGGCGGGGAGCGCGGCAGCAGAUGCUGGAGGCGACAGCAGGCAGGGUGAGAGCACUCAUGCUCACACACGGCCUCGCUACCUUCCCCACCUCCUCCCAAAUACUUGCCCUCACCGCUUCGCCAGCAAACCAAAAAGCUCGAUCGGAGGAGUCCAGGUCACAAGACUCUCUCUCUGUCGCGCCCCAUGCCUCUGCCCGUGAUUGCGGGCAGCUGGUGGCAUCGGAGCGGCGAAGCGGGGGCAUAGAGGAGGGUGGUCCUGCAAGUGCAUCUGCCAUGCUCCAAGGCUCAGCAGGUGCCUGGGAGGGCGAGCAGCUGGUGGCAGCAGUGCGGCGCAGUGGGGGCCCAGGGGCAGUGGCAGACUAUCUGGGGGUGCGCCUCAGCAAGCGCGGGCGGGGCCACUGGGCAGACGAGCAUGUGGCUGCUGCUGCCGUGCGCUCCUUCCUCCUCCGCCACUGGGGCCUGCUCCCCCCGUCCCCCCAACCACCCUCCACUCAGCUACUCACUCCCCACCCAUCUCACCAGCCCUCCUCCCAGCCUCUCACCCCAGCGCACCUGGCGGCCUCGGCGGAAUUCAACUCCGCUCUCGCCACUGUCGCCGCCAGCCCCGACGAAACUCUCCUCGCCACGGGCAAGGCUCUCACAGAAGACGCAAGCGAGGACGUGGAUGUGACAAUAACGAAUUGCGCUGUCGCGGAGGAGGGCGAGCUAUCGGCUCAUGGCGCUGUUCGUAUGUUGGCCGAGGACGACCUGCUCUCCCUGCUCGCGGUGGGCGCUGUGGUUGCAGGCGGUGGGGGCGAGCAGGCGGGCUCCGGUGGCAUGCCUGCUCGCAGCAUGGUGGGGGUCGACCUUCUCCGCCUGCUGGCGGAGGGGGAUGUGGGUGCUGACGUGGCGGACAUGCGCAGGAGCCGCAUGAAGGGCAGGAAGGGGACGAAGGGGAAGAAGGGGAAGAAGGGGAGGAAGGGCGAGAAGCGCGAGGAGGAGAAGCGCGAGAAGGAGAAGCACGUGUAA